ACUCUUCUCUCGGCCCGGAGACCUUUAUUUGUUGCUCUGUGUCUGAGCUGAGCGGGUCACACGGGACGUGUCCGGACAUUAUCCGACAUCUUUAGCUUUUAUAAAAGAGCGAGAAAGACUUUCAGUUUCCGGACCAGAAGACGGACGGACAGAAUACCUGCCUGCCACCGGAGAGGAUGAGGAAAACCUGGGAAGGGAUCCUGAAGGACGCGUCUGAUGGGGAGUGAAACCUGACGGGGAUGUAAACACGGACCAUCAACCUGUGACCAGGAGUGUUUCCCAUCGCCAUGAUGACGCCACGCGAGAGCUCCUGCCUCACUCACCUGCUCCUGCUCCUCCAUCUCCUCCUCCCUCUAACCCUGUCCCUCCUGCAACCUCCUCACCCCCCGCCGGUCCACGUCCCCAUGCUGGUCCCUCACAGGCCGACGCCGCUCACCCGCUCUCGCUUCAGCUCUCAGGCUCAGCUGGACUUUACCACUCACUGCAACUCCAGCUGCCUCCACAGAGGAGAGCAGGACGAGCAGCUGUCUGACAAACUGGCGUUCGAGACCCUGUACGCUGACGGCUCCCGCACGCUCACGACUGUGGAUGUGGAGGACAAGGAUGAUCUUGAGGAUGAUGCUCAACUCUUUGCCCACCCCUCACCUAGCAGAGGAUCCAGACUGAAGCCCAGGCACAAGCGUGUGAGGCGGCAGAUCUAUGGGGCCGAUGGUCGCUUUAACAUUCAGGGGGACAACUUCUUGUUGGAUUACCCUUUCUCCACAGCCGUGAGGAUCUCCACAGGCUGCACCGGCGUUCUUGUGUCUCAGCAGCACAUACUCACAGCGGCCCACUGCGUGCAUGAUGGGAAGGAUUAUGUGAAAGGGGCGAGGAAGCUGAGGGUGGGCUUCCUGAUCCCACCGUCUAUCAAUGGCACAAAAGCCGACCUCACUUCUGGCAAGAAGCCUCUGGUCCGCUGGGUGAGAGUGAAACGCACCCGUGUGCCAAAGGGCUGGAUCCAGGGCCCUCAGGAGGUCAGCAUGGACUUUGAUUACGCCCUGCUGGAGCUGCGCUGGCCUCACAGACGUCCCUUCAUGCGCCUCUCUGUGGCCCCCUCCUCUGAUGACCUGGCAGGGAAUCGCAUCCACUUCUCUGGCUUCGACAGCGACAGACCCGGGGAGCUGGUGUACAGAUUUUGUCCUGUGGAAGAAGAGUCCAGUGACUUGAUAUACCAGCACUGCGACGCCCGACCUGGAGCAAGUGGCUCUGGAGUGUAUGGAAGAGUUUGGGACAACAGCCUAGAGCGCUGGGAAAGGAAGGUGAUCGGCAUUUUCUCUGGACACCAGUGGCUCGAGAUAGACGGGGAGAACCGGGAUUACAAUGUGGCCGUGCGCAUCACUCCUCUAAAGUUUGCCCAAAUCUGUUACUGGGUACACGGGAACCGACUGGACUGCGUCCAGGACUAAGAAGUUGGUGGUUUUGAAAGUAAACCAUGAAAAACACAAGAAAGCACAAAGUGACUUUGACCUACUAGGUGAACUGUCAGAAAGAAAACAGGAUUAAAUCCUUACAUCAUCCUCCAGUGAUGCACCAAUGCAGCAGAUCCACGCUGUAACUUCUGAAUCGUCUUUCCCUUCAUUGAAGUUUUUCUCUCCUGUGUUUAAUUUACUCCCUGUAAUUUCUGGGCCUAUUAGACAAAUGUGCCUAUGAGAUCAUCACAGCGGCAUCUUUUAACAUGUGCCCAGAGUCAGUGUUUCCACAGUAUUGACAUAAGCCACUUUUUGUAAGAGAGGGAAAAAACACAGCGUGUGCAGUGUCUUUUAGUAACAGCACGUUAUUUUCCUACUGUGGAUGAUGAAAAUCUACUGAGGACAUGUCUCUGUUUUCAUCCUUGCUGUACUUUAUUGGGGGAAAUGGUUUGGUGUAACUCUGCAUUCUGAUACACAGCUAUAGAACUGACAACUUUAUUGAAACCACUGAUGCCUAAUAUUUCAGCCAUUUGCUCUUCUCGAUGUGAACUGGAGAGACAAAGAGUUAAUUUUAUUUUUGAGAAAAUGCUUGAUAUAUUUUAAUAAACAGAGAUCUAUAGUUGUCUGUGUCUUUGUCUAGUUUCAUGAGUGGUGUUGGGUUGUCCUCUAGUGGUAAGAAAAGGUACUGUAGCGUCAUUAGACCUGGACACGAAAAAUAUGCCUCAACUUGGUUUCAAUUAAAUUUGGAGCUGGAUUGAUUAUCAAAUCGAUGGGAAUUUAUUCUGCAACGUUUAAUCUUGAAACAGAAAAAGAACCUGGCUACAAAUGAACAGGUUUGAGAGCACACAGACCAUCUUUGGGCAUCAGGUUGGUAGUUGGAUAAAAUAAAACUCAUGUUUCAGCUUUGUAAACAUUUUAAAUAAUUUUAUUUUGAUUUAAAGAUCAAUUAAAUAUUUGAUACUGAACCUAACAAAUAUGUUGUAGCAACUUCAUUGGACGAGCAGCUUCUCUGACAUUAAAUCUUUUAUGCUAUGGGAUCUCAGCAUCGUUUUUAAAAUGUAAGACUAUACAAUGAUUACGUCAAAGUAACUAUGAUGCUACUAAAAGCGGAAACUAAUCUUAUGUGUAACAUCACCAAGCAUUGAAACAAGUUCAGAUUUGAUAAAGGUUUAAAACAUAAAAAGCAGAACAAGUCCGUAGUUUAGUGCUUUUUAUUAGAGAUAAGGAGACGAUACAAAACAUCCACCAUUCAAUAAUCAGGUUAAACUCUGACUGCUGGUCCUUCAUAUACACAUCGCUCCUCAUCAAACCUUCAUAACACCAAAGUUUUUAAAUCAAGGAGAUCCUGGUUUGAACACGAACAAGGAAUGUUGUAUGUUAACUACAUCAAAUGCCAUGAAUUUCUGACCCAGAACUGGAAAAUAAAAAGGAAUUGCUGAAGUUUUGGAAUUUGCCUGAUCAAAAAGUGAAAAACAAAACAAAAACGAUGGAGUAACAAAA